AUGUUGACAUUGAAGAGCUCAGACGACGAGGAAUUCACGGUGGAAGAGUCGGUCGCCGUCCAGUCCUUGACGAUCAAGAACAUGAUCGAGAAGAAGAACUGCUCCGGGACCACCACGAUUCCGCUGCCAAACGUGGACAGCAAGACUUCGGUAAUGCUAAUACAGUACUGCAAGAAACAUGCAGAUCAAAGUGCAACAGCAGAUGAUAUCAAGAAAUUCGAUUCCGAGUUUGUUGAACAAAACCAGUAUGCUCUCUUUGAUCUGGUCAUGGCGGCAAAUUAUCUCAACAUCAAGAGCUUGCUGCACACCAUGUGCGAUGAAUUUUUUAUUUCGGAACCCAUUGACUUACCCUCGGCUGAGAAUAUGUUGACACUGAGGAGCUCAGACAACGAGAAUUUCACGGUGGAAGAUUCCGUCGCCGUCCAGUCCUUGACGAUCAAGAGCAUGGUUGAGAACAACUGUGCCGGGACCACAAUUCCACUGCCACACGCGGACGGCAGGACUUUGGUCACGGUGAUCGAGUACCGCAAGAAGCAUGCAGAUCAAGGAGCAACAGCAGAUGAAGUCGAGAAAUUUGAUUCCAAGAACGAUACCAGGAGGAUCACAUUGGUCUGA